AUGACAGCAGAAACUCUAUCGGACAAAGACACGCACAGGCACGAGGAUAUUAUAACUGCUGUGCAGUCGCAGGCAGUGACGUCACCGCUCAAUAUUCACUACAAUUUCCGGCACAGCUGGCCGCGUCGCGCGAUAGCGUUUAUCACUGUGGCGCUGACAGAGGUGGAUGAUCGAUAUAUCGCUGUUUGUGGAAGUGCAGCGUCGCUUAUCAGUGUUGUUGUGCGAACGUGUCGAAUUCGUUCGCGUAUCGGUUCGCGCGGCGACGAUGUUUUCGCUUUCGAAGAACCCGGCGUUCAGACUAACACAACGGACACCGGAACUAGGAAAGUUUUUAUUUUCACUGCACAAAACGGUGCAGAUAAUGCGCCAAAAAGGGGACACUGUGCU